AUGCUCCUCGGACGCCGGCGAUCUCUCUGUUCCCUUUUCGGGCUCUCCUCUGACAGCAUGUCUCUCCCCAGGCGGAGGCAAAUCAGGACUUUGGCUCUGCUGUUCUGCGUCAUCACCUUCACCACGUUCCUGUUCAGCUACACUCUCAGGGACCCGUCGCUCGACUUCUUCAAGUACGCCUCCCGCCUGUCGGAUAACUUAUUCUUCUCCUCCGGGGGGCCGUGCGCCUGCCGCCGGCGGUGCAUGACGGAGGCGGAGGACGACCCCUGGUUCGCCGAGCGCUUCAACCGCUCCGUCCGCCCCCUGAUGACCAGGGAGAACAGCGUGCUGUCGGACGACACCUUUAAAUGGUGGCAGUGGUUGCAGUCGGAGAGGCAGCCGGCCAACUUCUCCGAGGUGGUGGACCAGCUGUUCCGGGUCGUCCCCGACGAGGUGCAGUACGUGGACGCCGGGCCCAAGCGCUGCCGGAGCUGCUCCGUGGUGGGGAACUCCGGGAACCUGAAGGGGGCGCACUACGGAGGCCUCAUCGACUCCUGCGACCUCGUCAUCAGAAUGAACCAGGCGCCCACCGCCGGGUACGAAGAGGACGUGGGCGCCAGGACGACGCAUCACGUCAUGUAUCCAGAAAGCGCCGUCGACCUGGACAACGGCACCAGCCUGGUGCUGGUCCCCUUCAAGACUCUGGACCUGCAGUGGAUCAUCAGCGCCCUGACCACGGGCACCAUCACGCACACGUACACGCCGGUGGCGUCCAGGAUCAAGGCGAACAAAGACAAGGUGCUGAUUUACAAUCCGACGUUUUUCAAAUACGUCUACGAGUCUUGGCUGGAAGGUCACGGGCGAUACCCGUCCACCGGCUUCCUCAGCCUGAUGCUGGCCGUGCAUAUCUGUGACGAGGUCACGGUGUUCGGGUUCGGGGCGGACCAGUACGGGAACUGGCACCACUACUGGGAGGAGAACACGUUGUCCGGAGCCUUCCGACACACGGGCGUCCACGACGCAGACCACGAGUACAACGUCACCCUGCAGCUGGCGGAGAAGCACAAAAUUCAAUUGUUUCGAGGGAGAUGAUACCCGAGACCCUCCGCGUGUGUGUGUGUACAGCGGGAUGACCACAGAACAAAACCUCAGCAGCCUUUUUUCCGAAAUGGUUCUCUCUCGCGUGCGCUGGGAACAACGAUCUUUUGUUCUCUGAAAGACGAUCUUCUGCUGGUCCGUCCAGUGUUCUUUACAUCGCCUGAAUUCAACCGCUGUGGAAAAACCAACAGAGCUUCAGUCGCCAAGUGACGGGAACACAAGCCCUGCUGUGUGUUCGCCUCUUAUUGAAUUAUGACAUAUGUCGUGCGGUCCAUUCCUUUGUGUUGUUGUUUGUUUAACUCACGGCUCUCGAUGUUUAUGAUCACCGGCAAUAAUAAGCUCUGUGAACAAAG